ACUCGUGCGCACGUGCGCGUGGACAAAACUGUGCAUUUCCGAUUUAGAGGUUAGAAUUCGCAGUUGAACGUGUUCUUCGUUUCCAUGUCUCUCUCUAAACUGUGGCAGUAAAAAUGCAGAAAUUGUUUAAAAACGACGAUUCAGAUUCUGAGGAAAAGCUUAACAUCAACACAGAUUAUGCCACGAAUUACGACAAUUGGCGGCAGAAGGAGGAGUUGCACAAAUUGAAAGCGCGUUAUGGAGAGGACGCGGAAACUCUUUUAAAAUCCGAUGAAGAUUCAAGCGAAUCGUCUGAAGAUGACGAAGGAGAGGAAAUUCCAGAAGAAUUUGAGAAGAACUUUUAUAAAACCCUGGCCUGUCUCAAGAAUAAAGAUCCAAGAAUUUACGAUGAUAAAGUCAAGUUUUUUGAUGAAACGGAUUUGAAGAGUGUCGAAGGUGCAAAGAAAGAAAAGAAAGAGAAAUCCUUGUUUCUACGUGAUUAUGAACGUAAAAUCAUUGUGGAAAGAGGUGGAAAAUACAGUGACAGCGAGGAUGAAGUCAAUGAAAAUGAAGCAAAGCCUCGUAAUCCAACUUAUGUUCAAGAGCAGCAGGAACUCAAGGAAAGUUUUAAAAAAGUAUUGGAGGAUCAAGAAGAUGAUUUGUUAUUGAAGCCUAAAACUAAAUCUAAGGAAGAGAAGCAAAAGGAAGAAGAAGCUUAUAAAGAAUGGCUUAAGGGUCAGAAAAAAGAUAUCAACAAGGAGCAAGAAAAAGAAUUGAAACCUUUGAGAGAUUUCUGGACUGAUCCUAAUUUGGAUGCAAAUGAAAAGUUUUUGAGAGAUUACGUUUUGAAUAAUAAGUUUUUGGAUAAAGAAUCAGUAGAUGAUGCCAAUCUUGACUACGAACAUAUAGCCCAUGAUUCUGAUGAAAAUUUGUCAGAAGAUGAGCGCAAUAUCAAUACUCAAGAAGAAUUUGAACACAAGUACAACUUUAGGUUUGAAGAACCUGAUCAAGAAUUUAUAAAGAGGUAUCCUCGUACCUUAGAAAAUUCAUUAAGAAAGAAAGACACGAGAAGAGCUCAAAAAAGAGCAGAAGUCAAAGCUCGUAAGGAAGAAGAAAAAUUAAAGAAAAGGGAAGAAUUAAAGGAAUUGAAAGCCCUGAAAAGAAAAGAAAUUGAAGAAAAAAUAGAAAAACUAAAAGAAAUUACAGGAAACGAUGAUCUAAAAUUGGGUAUGAUGGAUUUGGAAGGAGAUUUUGAUCCUGAUGAGUAUGACAAAAAGAUGUCUCAAAUCUUUAAUGAAGACUAUUAUGCUGGACAAGAAGAAGAUGCAAAGCCAGAGUUUCCUGAUAUUGAUGAAGAAUUACAGGUAGAAUCUACGUGGGAUGAUUACGAACCAGGAGCAGAGGAAAUUUCCCAAGAAGAGAUUCCAUAUCACGAUGCACCUCAUUGCGAGGAUCCAGAAUUCAAUAUGGAUGCAGAUUACAAUGGGCAAAGUUUGCAAGAAGAAUUAGUAGAAUCUACUAAGAAAAGAAAGAAAAGGAGACGAAGUAAAUUCGCCGAGUUGAUUUCCAAAGAAAAGCCCAAGUUUGAUCCUACAUUACACCCUUCUUAUCAAGAAUAUUAUGAUCAGUAUUAUGCUCUUGAUUAUGAAGACAUGAUAGGUGAUUUGCCCUGUAGAUUUAAGUACAGACAAGUAGUGCCGAAUGAUUAUGGUUUGACAGUAGAAGAGAUUUUAAUGGCCGAUGAUAGAGAAUUAAAUAAAUGGUGCUCUUUGAAAAAGGCCUUAGAGCACAAGCCUGAGUAUAAAGAAUUGAACGAAGUAAAAAUUUACAAACAUAAAGCUGCUAAUGAGGCUCUCAAGAAAAAGAUUCUGAAAAGUUUAUACAGUGCCCCAGAAGAAGAGACGCCAGACCCAUUACCUGGUCCUUCUGGUAUUCUACCAAGUCCAGGAACUGAAGGUACAAAUAAAAGUCGCAAACGCAAGAGAAAGAACAAGCAGAAUGGAGAGAUCAACGCAGAAAUCGCCAACGACCAACAGAAAGAAAAAGAGGAAAAAUCCGUCGAAAAUGGAAAGUCAAAUGCUAAGAAAUCGAAAAAGUUUAAGGGAGAAACGGAAUCGACUUCCGAAAAGAAAGAUUCUACUACUGAAAGCAAUUUGACGGAAGAAAACAACAAGCCAAGUAGUAAAAAGAAGAUAAAGCUAGAUGAAUCUACGGAAGAUAAGCAAACCGAAGUAUCAAAGAAGAAAAAGAAAAAGAAGAAGACUGUUCAAAACGAUCUUGAAAGUGGUAAAUCUGAUUUCGAACAUAUGAAGUCUACAGUAUCGAAUGAGCAGUCCAAGAGCAAACCCAAAGCUCAAGACACCGUCAAACAAUGUGACAAAACUCAAAAUGUAAAAUCUUCUGAAGGUGAGAAAAUGAAAAAGAAGCAAAAGAAUAAGAACAACAAAAAGCCUGAAAACGGCGUACUGAGCAAGAAACAGCAAAGACGAUUACUGUUUUUGGAGAAGAAUAAACAGAAAAACAAAAAGGAUAAUAAAGGCGAUUCCAAGGAAGUCGAUCAAAUUGCUUCCUUAAGUGCUGAAAGACUGAAAGCUUAUGGAUUGAAUCCUAAGAAAUUCAAAAAUAAAUUGAAGUACAUGAAGAAGGAUUAGGACAAGUGAAGUGUCGUAUUUUGUACAAAUGUAAAUAAUUGAAUCAGGUAUGACGAAUGUUAUUACAUUUAAUAAUUAUUUUGUUAGAAUUUACAAUAACGUAAAUUCAAAUUUUAAGCAUCAUGUUAAGUAAAUCAGCAUAUUUUUAUCUUGGCACGUGAAAGAUUACCAGAAUAUAAAUGCGACCGUUUGAAUAUUCUCAACCCCAACAAAUAAAAGUUUAUAUUUAACUCAUGAAA